ACUGCUAUAUAUUGAACUUGAAUCCUUCAGAUGAAGUAAGUCGCAACACGGUAUCAGCAAUGGCUCUCGAGGCAUGGUUCAUGGAUGAUAGCAAUGAGGACCAGAGGCUUCCUCAUCACCGCAACCCGAAAGAGUUCGUUCCUUUGGAUCAUUUGGCAGAGUUGGGAGUGAUGUACUGGAAGUUGAACCCUGAGAACUACGAGAAUGAUACCGAACUGCAGAAGCUUAGGGAAAACAGGGGAUACAAUUACAUGGACUUGCUGGACUUGUUCCCAGAGAAAGUCUCAAACUACGAAGAGAAGCUAAAGAACUUCUACACGGAGCACAUACACGCGGAUGAAGAGAUCCGUUACUGUCUGGCAGGGAGCGGAUACUUUGAUGUCCGAGACAAGGAUGACCGAUGGAUCCGAAUCUGGAUCAAACCGGGUGACCUCAUCGUUCUACCAGCGGGAAUCUACCACCGGUUCACACUCGACACUACCAACUACGUCAAGCUGAUGAGGCUGUUCAUAGGAGAGCCGGUCUGGACAGCAUAUAACCGGCCUCAGGAAGAACACCCAGCAAGGAAGGAGUACAAGAAGAGCUUCACCAACAAGUUUGGAACACCUAUCGAAACUCACUAGACCUCUUGGUUCUACUGUGUGUUGUCUUUUAGUUGAACUCCAACAAUUAUGCAAUGGAUGCGAUAUGGAUAACAUGAGGAAAAUACUGCAGCCAUACCAUACGGUCUUGGUCAUGUCAUAUAUUAUCUGUGGAUGUGAUCCGAAUAAUUUAAAUAUCCGAAUUUUUGGAAUAGUUUUGAAACCGGUUUUGUUUGGUAA